AUGUGGUCCACCCAGACAUACACAAUCGACCAAAUGACCCCCGUCUGGAUCUUCCCCGCCUACCCCCUUCUCAUCAUCGGACCCUUCGCCGGCGAGCUCUCUGCCCAUAUCGCAGGUGACAAGGCGCUGGGUGUCAUCGUCGCCGGCUGGGUCUUCCAAGGCAUAGGAUUCCUGGUUUCACUGAUGAUCUACGCUUCCUUCAUCUACCGCCUGAUGACCCAGAAGCUGCCGCGCGAAAGCUUAAGGCCUGGUAUGUUCAUCAGCGUCGGGCCGUCCGGCUUCACGAUUGCUGGGGUGUGCAGUAUGGGACAGGUACUGCCAAGGGUGGUUACGGAUGAUUUUAUGGACGAUGGGUAUCUUGCGGGUCAGAUUGGGAAGAUCGGCUCCGCGUGGUUUGGGCUCUGGUUAUGGGGUCUGGCGUUCUGGUUCUUCAUCGUGUCGGUCGGUGCGCACUGGUCGUGUGUUCGCGAUGGACGGAUGACCUUUGCCAUGACGUGGUACUCGUUCAUCUUCCCGAAUACUGCCCUCACAACCGCCACCUUCGCCAUCGGCCACGCACUCAACAGCCACUCAAUAAAAGUGGUCGGCUGCGUGAUGACCUGCCUCCUGGUUACAGGCUGGUUCAUGGUCUUCGCCAUGAUGAUCCGAGCCGUAAUACUCAAAGACAUAUUAUGGCCACAGAAGCAGGAAGACCGUGCUGAGGGUGGCUGGAAGACGCACCCCGACGAGAAGCAAGCCUGCGACACGCGGAGCUGCGGGCCAGAAGAGGCUACCACGUCGGCGUUAGAGGGACAUGAGCCCGAUUUCGACCAGAGCGAAGGUCAGCCGGAAUCUGCGUCGGCGCCUGGUCAGCUUCCAGCAGAGCCUGGUGCUACUUUACCUCCUAUUUCGGAGACAUUUAUCGAUGAACCUAUACGUAGCAGAGGGCCUAAGCCGCUCGAUAGCAUGGUCUGA